UUCAUGAAAUUUUCGGUCAGAGCAACUCGAGCGGGCGUCAAGUGAACAAGACGAAACUACGAUAAAUUCGAACUAAAAUCAACGAACAAUUUUUACAAUAAAAUUUCAUUAAAAAAAACAAAAUGGUUUACGAAAGUGGAUUUACAACGCGCAGAACUUACUCCUCGAGACCGGUGACAACUUCUUACGCCGUUACGUAUCCGUCCAUUCAGAAAGUAACUCGUGUCUACAAGUCGAGUUACCCCAUCUACUCGAGUUACUCAAUACCUAGGCGUAUCGUUACUGGAUCCCGUCUGGUUACAUCGCCAAUCCGAGUUGUCACCUCCCCCACAAGGGUGGUGUCCCGCAUUAUACAAUCUCCAUCGCCUGUUCGUGUUGUCCGCACAACAACUCGUGUUAUUUCAUCUCCGGAGAGAACCACGUAUUCAUAUACCACGCCAACGACCUACCACAGCCCAUCCCUUCUAUCAUCUUACACUUCGAGAUAUAUCCCAACAACGUACACAACGUACACACCAUCGUAUCACUACAAUCCUACAACAAUUACUCGUGUGUACGCCCGCUCGGUUUCACCGGUGAGGAUAACUUCAUCUUCCGUUCGACCAGUACCUUCGUAUUUGAAGAGGCUACCUCCUGGAUAUGGUGCACGGGCCCUAACUAACUACCUCAAUACUGAACCCUUUACCACUUUUUCUGAGGAAACAAGCCGGAUUCGCAAUCGCGCACAAUCUCUGAUGCGUGACUUGCAUACUCCUGUGGUGCGUCGGGCACGUAGUUGUACACCAUUUCCAGUAACUGGCUACACGUAUGAACCGACAUCCCAAUUGGCCCUAGAUGCGUAUGUAGCCCGUGUAACAAACCCUGUUCGCCAUAUUGCAAAAGAAGUGCACAAUAUAUCGCACUAUCCGAGGCCUGCGGUAAAAUACGUUGGUCAAAGUCAUCUUGCAUCAGUAAGGAUUUGUGGUGACAAGGCCUAUAAUGUUAGAAGGCCAAUGUACGAUUCAGACAAAGUUCGAAAUGAUAUUAACCUCUUGUCCUGGUACCUUAGACAUCCGACCUGGAAGAAUGAUAAGCAAUCUCUUGCUUCUCAGAAGGAAGAUGCCGAUUUGGAUCCCAAUCGUCCAACUAGAAAAUUUUCUGCUCCUAGGCCCUUAGAGGAUCCGGUCGAUCUGGAGUCGAAAGAGAAGCAGCGUCUGCGUCAAGAGCGAUUGCUAACAGUAAACGAAGAAGCCUUGGAUGAAGUGGAAGUUGAGAAAAAGCGGGCUCAAAAUGCAAGCGAAGAGAAACGUCGUGAAGAGAAAGCUGUUAAGGAGGAAAAGAAACGUUUAGCUGCCGCGCAGCAGGCCGCAGAAGAAUCUCGUUUGAUUGAAGAAGCUGCACGUAAGGCAGAGGAUGAGCGGUUAGCCAAAGAAGCGCUUUUGGCAGAAGAGAAGGCUGCAGAAGAAGCUGCCCAAAAGGCUGCUGAAGAAUCUCGUUUGAUUGAAGAAGCUGCACGUAAGGCAGAGGAUGAACGGCUAGCCAAAGAAGCGCUUUUGGCAGAAGAGAAGGCUGCAGAAGAAGCUGCACAAAAGGCUGCUGAAGAAUCUCGUUUGAUUGAAGAAGCUGCACGUAAGGCAGAGGAUGAACGGCUAGCCAAAGAAGCGCUUUUGGCAGAAGAGAAGGCUGCAGAAGAAGCUGCACAAAAGGCUGCUGAAGAAUCUCGUUUGAUUGAAGAAGCUGCACGUAAGGCAGAGGAUGAGCGGUUAGCUAAAGAAGCGCUUUUGGAAGAAGAGCAGCGUUCACGAGAGCAUGAACUCAACCGGUUAGCAGAAAUUGAAAGGCAAGCUGAAGAGGAAAGCGAGGGUGAUCUCGCACGGCAGGCCGCAGAACUGGCUGAGAUAGGUCGCCAAGAAGCUGAAAUUGCAGCUCUGGAGCUUCAGGCAAUUCAAAAAGUUGAAGGAGAAAUCAAUGAACCACUUAUUGAAGAACCAACCACACCAAUAGAAGAUCAGGAACCAACCAUAGAAUUGAACGCUACUGUUGAUGAGACUGUCGGUCCGACAGGCGGCGACAGCUAUGAUGACGAAUAUGAAGAAGAAGAAUAGUUUUUGAAUAAUUACAUUUCUGUCAUUUUAAUUUCGAAAACUAUUUUAAUAAACAUGAAAAACAUA